AAAAACAAAUUCCACCACCAUACCCAGCUCAACCCAAACUCAUCUCUCUCUCUCUCUCUCUCUCUCUCCCUUCCUAUAUUCUCUCUGUCUUGCCCUACCCGAAAGAUCUCACCUCCAACGGCUCAGAUACCACCGUAGCCCCCAAUCUCUCUCACCUAAUUCGCUUAUACUUCAGUUUUCAAUCUCUCUUUCUCUCACCGAAACACCCAGAAAUCUGGCCCAGAGAGAGAGAGAUAACCGGCAAAUGCUCUAGCACAGAGCAGCUCAGAUCCCUCUACUUUUACUAUCUUAGAGAGUCAACGGAACCGCGUUCGUUUGUGUCUGAAACCACAUCUUCGUCGUAGCCGCAGAUCUAGAACUUGAAAUUACUGGAAAUGGCGCCGACGACGAUUCGGAAAGCGAUUGGAGCGGUGAAGGACCAGACCAGCAUCGGAAUCGCGAAGGUGGCGAGCAACAUGUCGCCGGAGCUUGAAGUCGCCAUUGUCAAAGCAACAAGCCACGACGACGACCCGGCGGGCGAGAAAUACAUACGGGAGAUCUUGCAGUUAACCUCCUACUCCAGAGGGUACGUGAGUGCCUGCGUUGCGGCUGUGUCCAAGAGAUUAGGAAAGACAAGGGACUGGAUCGUCGCGUUGAAAUGCUUGAUGCUAAUCCACAGGUUGUUAAACGAUGGUGAUUCGGUUUUCCAGCAAGAAAUCAUGUACGCCACGAGGAGGGGCACCAGAUUGCUGAACAUGUCUGAUUUUCGCGACGAAGCGCAUUCAAAUUCUUGGGAUCAUUCAGCUUUUGUGAGAACGUUUGCUUUGUAUUUGGAUCAGAGAUUGGAAUUGAUAGUGUAUGAGCGGAAGCAGAGUGGGGGUGGUCAAGAAAUUGAGAGAUUUGGAUCUAGAGAGGAGCGUUGGAGAUCGCCUCCGAACAAGGGUUAUGAUUACGAUUACAACGAGUUUAGAGAUGAACCUGGGUAUGGGAACAAUGGGAUGAGAAGGUCGAGGUCGUUUGGGGAUGUGAGAGAGUCGAGCACUUCACAGGAGAGAAAAGAUGUGACCCCAUUGAGGGAAAUGAAGCCGGAGAGGAUUUUGGGGAAGAUGAGUCAUUUGCAGAGGCUUUUGGACCGGUUUUUGUCGUGUAAGCCCACUGGAAUGGCGAAGAAUAGCAGGAUGGUGUUGGUUGCUUUGUACCCAGUUGUGAGAGAGAGUUUUAAGCUUUAUUCUGAUAUAUGUGAGAUUUUGGCAGUGUUGUUGGAUAAGUUUUUUGAUAUGGAGUAUGAGAAUUGUGUUAAGGCCUUUGAUGCUUAUGUCAGUUCAGCGAAGCAGAUUGAUGAGCUUGUGGCGUUUUAUAAUUGGUGUAAGGACACCGGUGUGGCGAGGUCGUCGGAGUACCCGGAGGUGCCGAGGAUUACAGGGAAGUUGUUGGAGACAUUGGAGGAGUUUGUGAGGGAUAGGGCUAAGGCGACGAAGAGCCCGGAGAGGAAGGUGGAGACUCAACCGGUGGCCCAGGAGGAGGAGCCAGUACCGGAUAUGAAUGAGAUAAAGGCGUUACCACCUCCGGAGAAUUACACUCCGCCGCCACCACCUGAGCCAGAGCCUCCCAAGCCGGUGGCUCAACAGACUGGGGACUUGGUGGAUUUGAGGGAUGAAGGUGUGACUGCAGAUGAUCAGGGAAAUAAGCUGGCAUUGGCAUUGUUUGCAGGGCCAGUAGCUAAUACUCGAAAUGGGUCGUGGGAAGCUUUCCCUUCAAAUGGAGAACCUGAGGUGACCUCUGCUUGGCAGACUCCAGCAGCGGAGGUUGGAAAAGCCGAUUGGGAAUUGGCCUUAGUGGAGUCUGCAAGUAAUUUGGAGAAGCAAAAGGCAACAUUGGGUGGUGGGUUUGAUCCAUUGUUGUUGAAUGGAAUGUAUGAUCAGGGAAUGGUGAGGCAGCAUGUGAGCACUGCCCAAUUGAGUGGUGGCAGUGCAAGUAGUGUGGCGUUGCCGGGGCCAGGGAAGGGUGCAACGCCGGUGCUGGCGCUCCCGGCCCCAGAUGGAACUGUUCAGGCAGUUGGGGGAGACCCUUUUGCUGCUUCUUUGAAUGUUCCACCGCCUUCGUAUGUGCAAAUGGCGGAUAUGGAGAAGAAACAGCAAAUGCUGGUGCAAGAACAAGUGGUGUGGCAACAGUAUGGUAGGGAUGGGAUGCAGGGUCAAACUAGUUUGGCCAAGAUAAGCACUGGUGGGUACUAUGCUCCGGGGCAACCACCAAUGAUGCCCUAUGGAAUGCCGCCGGUAAAUGGCGCGGGAGUACCACCAGCUGGGUAUUACUACACUCCUUACACGCCUUAUUGAUUUUGUCACUCAUGUCCAUAUAUUACUUUUCUCUGUUGAAUUUUGUCAUCUAUCUUUUCCACUGUAUUUUUUGUGAUUCCUGAAAUUUGUGCAUUUCAAUUGGGGAAAGGGGGGAGAAGCUGAACUGAAAAGACUAGAGGUUGUGGGGUUAUUUAAUGUUGGGUGCUCUGUAAUCCAGUUGUUGUAUCUCUAUCUGUGUUGUAAUAGUGAGAUUUUAUUUGCAUCUGUGUUUAUGUGAUGCUUUUUUUUUUUUGGGAACAUGAAACUAACUAGGUUCAAUAUAGUGAAGGUUAUAUCUUGAAUGUUUCUUGUUGGCUUUACA